AUGGAGGAGGAGGUCAAUCAACGUGUUACCUGGCUUCUCUCGAGCUUAAAAGGCAAUGCUGGUGCCCCGCCACCAGAUAUUGCGGCCCAGCUCAAGGGAAUUGAACAAACGUCGAGGUCUCCCUCAACAUCCCUCCUAGAUCUUCCAUACGACAUCCUUUCUAUUAUCCUCGAGCAUGUACCACCAUACGAAAUUCCUCGUCUACGAAGGGUUUCCAGAGCCUUCAACAGCUUCCUGACCAAGGAUCACGUGCUUUCGCCUUUGCUCCGAUUUCACUUUCCCUAUCAUGUUAGGGAUUCGUUACAUGGAGGUGCUCUUCAACAGAAUGGAGGCAAUGACUACGAAACAAACACUCCAAAUGCUGGGGUUGGACAUAACAAUGUAAUUGUGGGAGCACCUCAGGCAUUUGAUUCGGCACUCAAGCGGUUUUUUAACCGAGCGAGGGGGAAGCCAACAUCGAUUACAGUUAUCAGUGGGGUUCGACUGGAUGCCUGUUACGAAACGGAAACCUCGUACGAUCACAUGUUCCUUGUAUUCCACCAUGUUUCUGGUCGAGUCUUCAUAUACGACAGCGGAAACCGCUUUCCCAACCGCCCUUACGUCACUCUUGACGUCCGGGGCCUCGGGCUCCCAUGGUUCGGGUAUAGAGUCCCUCGUCGGAACGUUCGACAAUCUGUCGUUCUAGACAAGCGAGUCUUGAUUGUGAGCGGAACGAGGGAAUUUGAAAACGACCCAGAACGCAGGAUCCCACAAGCAGUCUAUUCACUUCACAAUUAUCCGGAAGUUGAAUUUGUCGGGAUCUGGCGGGGAGUAUCAUAUCACGAACAUCUAAACAGCCUUUGCGCGAACGACGAGUGGAUCGGCUGCAGGGUCAAUAGACAUUUCAUCAAGCUCGUCAAAAUCUCAUCACUACGCCAGCGAACUGCCCAACCCGAGAACCCCGCUGGCGCUGGCCCCCCCAACAGCAGGCUCGCGCCAGCGCCACAUCCAUACGAGCUUACAUUUGCUCACCCUUCCAAAGGAUAUAUUAAGGAUGUACACCUUGCGAAGGAUCAUGUUUUUGUCUACUCUGUUAUUAUGGAUGAGGACGAGAACGGGCAUGGGCAAAUCGACGUUUUUAGCAUCAAUUUGAUCCCCAACGAGCACCGAGAUAAACAGCUAUACGAAAUUGCGCAUGUCCGAUCUGUGGUUUUACACGCGUGGCAAGGCAUGUUCAUGGAGUAUAUCGGGUAUCCGAAUCCCGAGGAUGUCCCCGAAGCGAUGAGAUGCCAGAGGUGGGAUAAAAUAUACCCGUUCAUGAAAGGGAGCCGCCACCAUGGAAUGCCUGAGGAGGAUGGUGAAAGUGUUAUGAUGACCCUUGGUAAAACUUUCAGAGCUAAUGGCAACAUACCUAUCGGUUGUGCGAGGAUUUUUGCGCAGUCAGAGAAAGCGAACCGGGAAGGCGAACCGUUGAUUGUUGAGACUGUGGCGCCGGGAAAUAUAAUUCCGUUCUGUGUGGCAUUAGAACAGGGGAUCCAGGAGGACGAUGCGAUGCAUACGCUUUUAUUGCCCGCUGCGAGAGGAACGAUGAAGAGUAGGGCGGAGAUUAUGGAAGAAAGUGAAGGUCAUAUAGGAUUUGUACCGCAACCGUGGGAUCCAGAUGUCCCAGCGAGUCCUGAUGCCAUGCACUUCAACUCUGGAAACUCACAAGAUCCACUGCCAGGAGAUGAUGCAGCCUACCUGUUACAUUUUGGAAACCCUGGCUUUGCAUUCGGGAAUGAUAAGAAAGCCGAACCGACGUUGCCAACCCCAAGCAUCAGAGAGGCAUGGUACUUGGAUCAGGACCAAACCCAGAGGACCAGUGUCAUUACAGAAGAGGGCUUAUUUCAUAUAUUCUAUGAUGAACCGGCAGUUGAUGAAAAGGCGUUGAAUUUGGUGACACAACAGAGCGCUACGGCUAAUGGUGGUGGCACCCCGACAUUAAAAGAUCCUAUCCAGUUAUUCCCGAGUCAUAUGCAGCAUAUCCCGCUCGAGGAAAUAUUCGAUAUAAACAUCCCGUUCUUAGAGGUUUCGUUUGAGAAUGCGACAAUUGGGGAUACCCCGAGUCAGCACGAAGAAGACAUGAAUGUCAAGAAGGCGAAAUUAGAUAAGCUAAUGAGAAGUGUAAGGGGUGGAUGGAGCUGCUAUGUUUGGAGCGCAGAGACAUGGAAUGGGUUCUUGAUUACAACCCCAGAUGAUGCAAAGAUGGUUGUUUUGAGGUAUGAUUGA